CCUCGAGCGAUUCAGUGAGCUUGGGACAGGGAGCGAAAGCGCACUAGCCCACACCACAAACAAGGCUUUUAACAUUCGCUUGGCACACUCGUAACCAUCCUACGAGUUUUUCCCAACAGUGUGAAAUUGACCCUUGGCCGGCAGGUGCUGUCCGACGAGGAGCUGUCGUCGCCGCUGACGCACAUCGAGAAGAUGAUCGGGGCCGCGGAGAGCGGCGGCCUGAGCGACGGGAUCGCUCAGAUCCUCGAGGACAUGGACGCCGAGCCCCGGCCCAAGACGAGGCCGCGCACGCGCAGGACGGCAACGGGCGUCACGGUUCGGGCCGCGAGCAGGCGGGACACCGGAGUGCAGACCGUCAACGACCCGGUGACCGACGAGGCGCCCGAGUACGCCGCACGGCCGCCACCCUGCAAGAAGCGCGAGAUGAUCCCUUCCAUGGCCGUCUUCCAGGAGGUCGACAGGAUCGCUCUGCAGGUUCCUAACACUGCCAAAUCCACGCUGCAAACCCUGGUCUAUCACCUGAUAUCCUACUGCAGAAACGACCUGCAAAAGAUUCGCAUGUUUUUUCGCUGGAUUGCGGAAAACAUCACGUAUGACUGGAGGCACAUGGAAACCAAGCAAACCCCCGAAGAGGUCUUCGUGUCAAGGCAAGGUGUCUGCAAGGACUACUGCCUUUUGUUCAGCGAAAUGUGCAGGCUAGCAGGUAUUAGAGAAAAGACUCUGCAAGGCUUCGCCAAGGGUUUCGACUACCGUCCUGGUCACCAGUUUCAUCCGGGCCAAGACGUCACCCACGCCUGGAACGCGGUCUUCAUCCUAGGUGCAUGGAGGCUUAUCGACAACACUUGGGGCACAGGCUACACAGACCACACCGGGAAGUUUAUAAGGAAAAUCAACGAACACUUCUUCAUGACCGACCCUGAGGUUCUCAUAUGGACGCACUUUCCUUACGACGAGAUGGAAAAGAAUUACUCAAGGUGGCAGUUACUGGAGAAGCACCUGACACUCGACGAAUUCAACUCGCUUCCAAAGGUGACGCCGCACUUCUUCCACCUCAACAUGCGCUUGCGAACGCGGCCGCAGAACCCCAUCGUAUUCAAGGUGCGCACGGAGCUACGGAUCGCCUCGCACGAGCCGAUGCGCUACAAGUUCAAGCUCUACCCGUCCGACGAGACGGAGAACGCGACGCUCAACAACUACGUGUUCUGCCACCUGCUCGAGGACCGUUGCGUGGCCUGCUUCGGCGUCACGCCGCCCACGGAAGGACGGUACAUCCUCAAGAUCUACGCCAACCGCGAACGCGACAUGCGGGGAGCGGCCGCUGGAGAUGGGGGCGCGGCAGCGGCCAGCGCCAGCCUCCAGAACAUCGGCGUCUUCCUGCUGGAGUGCCUCCGUGCCAAGAAGUACCUGGUGCCGUACCCGCUCAACGAAGUCCCGUGGGGCCCGACGCAAUCUUUCUACGACUACAACAUGCGGCUCGUCGAUCAGACGGGGCCCGUCAUCGUGUCGUGGGGCGCCAAGCGAAAGCUGACCAUCGACUUGUCCGAAACGAUGCUUGUGAGCCAUCAGCUACUGGAUGCGGACAGUGUCGAGAUGGACCUCAAGGGCAUGAUCACGCGCGAGGACAAGGAUCGUCGCGUGACGUUCCAGAUUGUGCCUCAGCGUGUGGGCAUGUUCAAGCUCGUCAUCUUCGCCAUGCCCAAGCCCAAGUUCAAGGGGAAAUGGCGGCUUCCUCUUGUGGCCACUUUCCUGAUUGACUGCAAGCUCACCAGGUUGCAACUGGACGAAGAACUGCGGCUGGCGCACCACAGACCACCGCUGCCGGAGGAAGACAAAGAAAAGGAGAAUGAGAAAGAGAAAGGGAAGAGGGUCCGGAUAUCGGCAGUGCGAUAGGAGUGG